AUGGUUUCCUUCAAUAUUCUCAUCGCCGUCCUACCUUUGGCCACAGCCAUGCCCUCCCUCGUCACGUCGUCUCUGGAGGAGCGAGCUUGCGUGCCUCCUUCCAACUGCGGCGCUCCCAUCGACGUCUGCGAGUUCUGCUGCGCCUCUACCGUGGUCCCCAACAGCGCUCUUUGUCACUCCCACGGCGAAUCUUGCCCGGGCGGCACCGCCUACCACUGUGAUUCCGAGCACUAA